AUGGCUGUCCCUAAUUCCCAGAACUCGUUCCUGGGCGAUAUCCAAGAGACGCUUCGCCACUAUGAUACGCAGCUGAAGGACAUCAACCAGAAAAUUUGGUCGAAUCCGGAGCUUGCCUUCAAGGAGUAUUUGGCACAUGACUUUAUUUGUGAGCUCUUUGACGGGCUUGCAAGCAGCGGAUACCAAGUCCAACGUAAAGCAUUUGGCGUGGAUACUGCGCUGGAGGUCAAUUACUCUUAUGGUACCGGUGGACGCACGGUCGCGUUCAACGCGGAAUACGAUGCUCUCCCUGGUAUUGGCCAUGCCUGUGGCCAUAAUCUGAUUGCGACCACCUCUAUCGCUGCAUUCAUCGCCACUUGUGAAACCAUGAAGGCUCACGCUCAAUCCUCCGGUGUCUCUGGGUUUACCGUCAGACUCCUGGGUACUCCGGCCGAAGAGUCUGGGGGUGGCAAGGUGAAAUUGAUCGAUGCGGGAGCCUACGAGGGUGUGGAUGCCUGCCUCAUGAUACACCCAGUCCCAAUAUUCCCAGAGCUCUCAGAAAUACUGACAAUCGCCGCUGUUGCUGAGGGUGGAUACCUUGCCAACCACAAGGUCAAGGCCACCUUCAUCGGGAAGCCCGCUCAUGCUGCAGCAGCACCAUGGGAAGGGAUCAAUGCACUCGAUGCAGUGGUGUCAGCCUAUGUCAAUAUUUCUCUCCUUCGUCAGCAAAUUCUGCCGAGUCAGAAGGUCCACGGGAUCAUCGUGAAUGGGGGCGAUCGACCAAACAUCAUUCCUAUGUCUGCCACUAUCGAUUAUUACAUCCGUUCUCCCACUAGGAAAUCCUUGAAGGUCCUGACAGAUAAAGUGAUCAACUGUUUUGAGGCUGCCGCAACUGCUACCGGCUGCAAGCUUGAGCUUGAAUGGGGCGUCUCAUACGAUGAUAUGAAGAGCAAUAACCCGCUCUGUGAAAGAUAUCUCUCGGCAAUCAGGAACAUGGGUCAUCGUGCCUUGUUCGAUAAUUCCCAACAGAAGCGUAGCUUAUUUUCCGGAGGUUCCACCGAUAUGGGUACGUUUGACUCCUUUGAUGAUCUACGAAAAUUCGUCUCACAACUCUUAGGUAAUGUCUCUUAUGUCGUACCGGGCUUCCACGGACUCUUCUGCAUCCCAGUUGAUGGUGUCAACCACACUCCCGAGUUUACUCAGGGGGCAGGAUCCCAGGAGGGCUUUGAACGAGGCAUUGCGUGCGCAGCUGGAAUGGCAGAGGUCGCCUGUCAGGUGUUGGUCGAUGAUAAAUUUGCCGAGGCAGUAAAAAAGGAUUUCCAGAGUGAAUGA